CUCCCUCUCAUCAGACGAAGGAAGCGGGAAAGAAACUGCUCUCUGCUCUGCCCACUCCUCUCCUAUCCUCUCCUCUUCUACAAAUUUCUGCAAAAUUACCAGAAGCAGAGAGAUUAAUGGAGGGCACAUCAUCACCAUCUCCUCUGUCUGAAAUCUUCGAUGUCCCGCUGAGUGCCAUCGGGUUCAACUUCGAGGAGGUAUCGCCGCACAGGGUCACCAGCAGCCUCCUCGUCACCGAGAAGUGUGUCCAGCCGUUCAAGGUGCUACAUGUAGGGGUGUCCGCGUUGAUAGCAGAGGCCGGCGGGCCUUGGGUUGGGGCUCACUUGCUGACCGGCUACAAAAGGGUGGCAGGGAUUCAACUCAGCAUCAACCAUGUCAAGAGCGUUCUCCUGGGGAAGUCAUCAGGAUCUCGAUCCAACUCUUAAGAUUUUACGAUUCUACGAUUCAGGGGCAAGUCUCAGAUCCUGAUCCUAGUAUGAGGAUCUAAACUGCAAGAUCUUAGUGAAAUCUUAUGCCAACUCUUACGAUCGUACGAUCCUGUAUAAGAUCCUCCGAUCCUAGCGAUCUUACAACAUAUGAAAAUUUUAAAAAAUUGACCUAAGUAU